GACCCCACAACUGCAGAGUCAUCUGAGUAUUUCUGCAGAUGACCAGACUCCGACUUGUACUGGAAGUCUGAGGGGUACAGCGUGAUGAGGACUGGUGAAACUCCAGUCCCCUGUGGAUACUACCUGUAUGCUUUACUGGGGAGGUGUGUGGGGCCCAUCUAACCAGGAGGAUGCACCGGGGAAGACCCCGGACACGAUGGAGACACAACAUCUCUCAGUCGGUUUGGAAAUGCCGCAGUAUUCCUCCUGGAAAGGUGCAGGAAGUGGGAGUAGACAGGCUAGAGGAGAACUACAUAGUGUGUGAGGGAGUGUGUUUGCCUCGAUGCAUCCUCUACGCUCACUAUCUGGACUUCUGCAGAAAAGAGAAACUUGAGCCGGCCUGUGCUGCUACUUUUGGAAAGACAAUCCGGCAGAAGUUUCCUCUUCUAACAACAAGAAGACUGGGCACCAGAGGACACUCAAAAUAUCAUUACUAUGGAAUUGGCAUCAAAGAGAGCAGUGCUUACUAUCACUCUGUCUAUUCUGGAAAAGGUUUAACCAGAUUCUCAGGGAGCAAGCUCAAGAAUGAGGGUGGCUUCACCAGGAAAUACUCUUUGAGCUCCAAAACUGGGACGUUGCUCCCAGACUUCCCCAGUGCUCAGCACCUUGUGCUGCAUGAAAAUAUCUCCAGAGAGAAGGUGGAUACUCUGAUUAUGAUGUAUAAAACACAUUGUCAAUGCAUCCUAGACAAUGCCAUUAAUGUCAACUUUGAGGAGAUUCAGAAUUUUCUGCUCCACUUCUGGCAGGGAAUGCCUGACCACCUUCUGCCGCUGCUUGAAAACCCAGUUAUCAUUAACAUCUUCUGUGUCUGUGACUCCAUCCUCUAUAAGGUUUUAACAGAUGUUUUGAUUCCUGCCACAAUGCAGGAGAUGCCUGAAAGUCUCUUGGCAGAUAUAAGAAACUUUGCAAAACACUGGGAGCACUGGUUAGCCUCUUCUCUGGAAAACCUCCCAGAAUGCCUUGCAGCUAAGAAGCUCCCCAUUGCACGCCGCUUCGUCUCCUCCCUGAAGAGACAGACCUCGUUCUUACAUUUGGCACAGAUCGCGCGUCCAGCACUGUUUGACCAAACUGUUGUGACCAGUAUGGUUCUAGAUAUUGACAAAGUGGAUCUUGGCAGCAUCAGCUCUCAGCCCCUGCUCAGCAUCAUGAACACUGGAGACCAGAACCCGGACAUCUACUCUGAGUAUGAUUCCAUCGCUGUCUUUCAGGAGCUGAAGGAGCUGCUGAGAAAAAAUGCCACAGUUGAAUCCUUCAUCGAGUGGUUGGACUCUGUGGUUGAGCAUAAAGUCAUCAAGCCGGGUAAGCAGAGCAGUCGGUCCAUGAAGAAGCGAGCCCAGAAUUUCCUCCUCAGGUGGAGUUUCUUCGGUGCCAGAGUUAUGCACAACCUCACACUCAACAACGCCUCCAGCUUUGGUUCCUUCCAUCUGAUCAGGAUGCUGUUGGAUGAAUACAUCUUACUGGCUCUGGAAACGCAGUUUAACAACGAAAAGGAACAGGACCUGCAGAACUUGUUGGACAAGUACAUGAAAAAUGCAGAUGCCAGUAAAGCAGCAUUCAUGGCCUCGCCUAGUUCCUGUUUCCUAGCCAAUCGUAACAAGGCUUCUGCUCCCAAUGACCAACAAGUGAAGAAUGAGUCCCUGGGAGAACACGCUUACAUGUCUCUGUCCACCAAUCAGCAGCAGGGCCUGGACGCAAAAGAGGUUCUCUACCAAGGGAACGACACCUCUGGGUUCACAGUUUCAGGUGCUCAGGCGGACUUCUCUCAGAUCAGCGGCCCUCUCAUGACACCUCCCAACUCUCCAGCGGCGUUGGUGCACAGAAGCUCCGUCAUCAACCAGGGCCCCAUGGCAGGGAGGCCUCUGUCCUCCACUCCUUCCUCCAACUGCUCCUCCUCAUCCUCCUGCCUCUCAUCCCUCAGCGUGAUGGCCCAGCCUAGUGCCUGCCCUUCAUACCCGGAGACCCUGUACCAUUGCUUGUCUCAAACCACCUCCAAUUACUUUCCAUCAGCUAGUGGCUCUUCAGGUCCUAACUACCAGACUGCUCUCAGGUCUCAGAUGCAAAAUCAGUGUCUGACUCCGGUUCAGUCUCAGGCCUCCCCCGUGGCCUGCCCCUUUCCUCGGUAUCCAUCACUGAAUGAGCAGCACCUGACUAAAAACAUGUUCUACAAUCAUCAUCCUGCAGUUAGCCACUCAUCCAACAGCACUAACUGCUCCCUGACACCGUACGGCUCGGCAGUGCGACCGUCAUCCAGCUACACUCCCAGUUCAGAUUCAGUCCAGACUGACCAGGGGCUGGACCCACAGACCGCUGCCCACAUUCUGGAUUCAGCAGAGAGCUUUGGCUUCAUGGGGGCUGGACUGAAUCUCACCGGCGGCGGGUGUCAGGCACAGACGUACAGCGCGGGUUACUACGGCAACAACGUUUACUUGGACAGCCAUCGCAUGACAUCACUGGUUGACCAGCACGUGUCCGUCAUCAGCAGUGUGGGGAAUCUCCGCCCUUUCCCUGCGACGUUCUCUGAGGUCCACGAUCCACUCAACAUCCUUGAUGAACCUGGGAGGAAAACGACAGGAACCUUUUUCAGCGAGGCAGAAGCUGGAGCAGAGCAUCCCCUCCCCUCGUCUGGAUCUUCUCCCUGUAUGUUUGGACUUUCGUCUUCGUUCGCCUCGCAGGACGCUCUGUUGCCGCAGCAGUGCAUGAUGGUGUCGUCAGAGGUGCAGGACCUGGUGUCCUCGCUGCCGCCCAUCAACACAGUGUUUAUGGGUGCAGGAGGAGUGUAAUUACAGAUCUCUCCUGAGGUUCAGUUUCAUCAGAGCAGGUUACGUAGUUGUAUGGGAUGUUUUGGGUAAAAGUGAGCGCAGAGGUUCGAGGAAGAUGACUGACAUGUGAUAAGGACAUUCAACUUUUUUCCAACAACGGAAAUGUUUGCCAGGCCGACGGGAGGAUCAUCAAGGAUCGUCACUACCUGAGAGUGAGUCCUUUACAGGUUCAUAGCCCACUGAAGUUAUUUUUUUAUUUAUGAAGAAUUCAUUUACUAGACUUAGAUGAGUCAUUUCUAACUAUUUUGUAUUCAGCAAUUUCUCCAGCUUGAAAAUUAUGUCAAUUUUUGGUCCCUGUUCAUCCAUUUUUCUUCUAUGUGGAAAACAAACAAACAAACAAAAAACCAUUGGGAUUCAGAUUCGAGUGGUUAUGACUGACUGCACCGUAUAACAAUUAACGAGUUAACUACUGCUCUGAUGUUACCUCUGCUUUGUCUGAAAGCAACAAAGUUACCUUCAAUUGCCGAACUGUGACGGCAGUUAUGUUUUGUGGACACAUAUUCCUGUGUAACUUUAAACUCAAAUAUUAAAAAUAUUCUUAGAUUCAAACUAUGAACUUACUUAUAAUUUUGAGCUGCACAUUCAGUAUG